UUUGUGAAGUCGGUGAAGUCAUCUGUGCAUGUCUGAUCACUUUAAACGGGCACUCCCAGCAAACUCUGCUCUCUGUAGUAAAUAGGAAGAGAGAUCUGCGACGCGCGCACACAUUCACACCUCACUGUAGCGGAGCGCACCUCUGCCCAGGAUUACACAGAAGAACACAGCACUCCUUCAACAUAAAAGCUACAGUCAUGGCAAACAAAGGUCCCGCGUACGGUCUGAGCCGCGAGGUGCAGAGCAAGAUCGACAAGAAGUACGACCCCGAGCUGGAGGAGAGGCUGGUAGCCUGGAUCAUGGCCCAGUGCGGCGCCGAGGUGGGAUCACCCGAGCCCAGCAAAACUGGCUUCCAGAACUGGCUGAAGGACGGAUGUGUGCUGGGUCAUCUCAUCAACAGUCUCUACGGUGCAACCAAGCCCGUUAAGAAGGUUCAGGUGUCAGGGAUGGCCUUCAAGCAGAUGGAACUGAUCUCCCAGUUCCUCAACGCUGCUGAACGCUAUGGAAUCAACAAAACUGACUUGUUCCAGACCGUAGACCUCUGGGAGGGUAAGGAUUUAGCAGCUGUGCAGAGAACGUUGAUGGCACUUGGUAGCUUGGCCGUCACCAAGGAUGAUGGCUGUUACCAAGGUGACCCUGCCUGGUUUCACAAGAAAGCCCAGGAAAACAAGCGGGACUUCACUGAUGAACAGCUCAAAGAAGGCCAGAGUGUGAUCGGCCUUCAGAUGGGCACCAACAAGGGGGCAUCCCAAGCUGGCAUGACGGGCUAUGGACGGCCCAGGCAGAUCUUGUAAAACCAGCUCAGCUCCCCAAUGUACCCAGCCCAACCAACUUCAUCUCUCUCGGUCAUCUCCCAACCCCAACGCCCCAACAUUCACUGAAACUGGAGCUGCACAGGGACCAAAACACACACACACACACACACACACACACACACACACACACACACACACACACACACACACACACACACACACACACACACAGCAACACACACAAACACACUUCUAUACAUAUGAACAUACUUUGACCAAAGACUUUUGUUGUACACCCCCAUUCCCCAUUUUUUUGUACAUUGUAUGUUGAUUAUUAAUAAUUUUGAAAAUGAAAAUUAAAAAAGACUUUUAAUUUUAAA